AUGAUUAUUGUAAAGAAGAUUCAAGAUGCAAAGUAUUUUUCAGUCAUUUUGGAUUCACCUCCUGAUGUUAGUCGUAAAGAGCAGCUGACAUUUCUAAUCCGAUGUGUGGAUGUUUCAUUUUUUGGCAUUGUUCAGCGUAUAUACACCCUAUUUGCAUCUUCAACCAACAAUUGGGAAGUGUACCAAGAGAUGGUGAAUGGUACUUCACUUAAGCCAUUGUCACAAACUCGUUGGGAAAGCCGCAUUGAUAGUGUUAAACCAAUAAGGUUUCAAGCUUCAAAGAUAAGAGAUGCUUUGUUUUACUUAGCAGAGUUGAGUGAUAAUCCAGGACAUCGUAGUGAAGCUGAGUCUCUUGCAGUGAGUGAAACACAUGGAAUCGGAAGAUUUGAAUUCUUGUUUGGAAUGGUAAUAUGGUAUGAUUUGCUUUCUGCUUUCAAUAUUAUAAGCAAAACCAUACAGUCAGAGGACAUGGACCUUGAGGUUGCUAUUGCUCAGUUAGGAGGGCUUGUUGGUUAUCUGAAAGAUUAUAGAGAAACUGGUUUUCAGAAAGCAAAAGGAGAAGCUACAGAAAUUGCCAUUCAAAUGGAUAUUGAACCAGCUUUUUAUAAAAAACCAAAACGCUUGAUAAAAAAAAAGAAACAGUUUGGUGAAGACGCAGAACAUGUUGAUCAAAGUAACACAUUAAGUGCAGAGGAGAGUUUUAGGAUCGAGUACUUCAUCAACAUAGUGGAUCAAGCUAUAGUGUCUCUUGAGGUCAGAUUCGAACAAUUUCAAUAUUAUGAAGAAAUUUUUGGAUUUUUGUUCGGUUUAAAGAAACUAAAGUCAGCAGGAGAUGAUGAGUUAAUGGUAUCUUGUAUGAAGCUUGAAGCUUCCCUCAAGCAUGAUGGGAAUUCAGAUAUAGAAGGAAAGGAUCUGUUUGUGGAACUUAAACUUUUAAGAGGAGUCUUGCCAAAGGAGAUUACAAAAGCGGUUGAUGUGUUAGAGUUUUUAAAAAGAAUGGAUGGUUGUUAUCCAAACACAUGGAUUGCUUAUCGUAUUUUGCUCACAAUUCCGAUUUCAGUUGCUUGUGCAGAAAGAAGUUUCUCGAAGUUGAAGCUUAUCAAAAAUUAUCUACGUUCGACUAUGUCUCAAGAGCGAUUAAAUGGAUUGGCGUUGCUAUCAAUAGAACAAGAUUUGGUGGAAACGCUUGACAACUCAAAGUUGAUCGAUGAUUUUGCAAGCAUGAAAGCAAGGAGGAUUAUUUUUGGUGACUCAUGUACCGACGAUGCUUUUUCUUUUGACAACAUGUGA